AUGACAGGCGCACCAGAUGGCAAAACAGUGAAACCAGAGGAGCCUGGAAACGGGGGCUCCCUCUUGAUAAUCAGCGAUGACUAUAACGUUCAGAUCAAGAAGGGCGUCUCAAAGAUCAUCACGAUAAAACUGGUUCUUGUUAGUAUCUGGAUCGGAAGCUGCAGCAAGACAGUCUCACACAAGUCUAGGGCACACGCCUCUAGAAACGCCCGGGUCUCAUCAGCCUUUUUGAACGGUGUCAAAAGGGAACAUCAAGAGAGUGCAGCCAAGCGAUACGAGCUCUCACUAGACUUCAACGUACUAAAAUCCUUAACUGGCCGCUGUACCACGCCUGAUGACAUCCUGGGGCUCGAGGGCAUCGCCAGGACUGAUGGGCUCAAUCGACUGGCGUUCGGGAACAACGACUCGAGGAUUCGUACUGAUACUUCCGGGCAUUGGUCGUUAUCAGCUACACGUGGUGCUGUCCUCGGCGCUGCCUCCGUCAUUGGAGUCAUUGCCCUCACGGUUGCCACACGCCCAUCCGUAGCUGCUGGAACACGAUCAGUGGAUGAAACUUAA